AUGCCCCGCGGACAGCCAUACAUUGGGACGACUCGCAAACUAGUGCUAGCAAUAGACGUCGGGACUACCUACAGCGGCGUGUCAUACUGCAUCUUGACACCGGGUGAGAUACCGAAGGUGCACAGUAUCACUAGGUUUCCCGGCCAAGAAGGAGAAGAUAAGUCAAGAGAUACAAAGAUACCAUCUGUCGUCUAUUAUGAUGAUGGUGGUAAGGUCCGUGCCGUUGGAGCUGAGGCCUGUCUGGAUAGCACUAGGGUCGAGGCCCAGGAAAACGGCUGGACUCUGGUAGAGUGGUUUAAACUACGUCUCCGACCGAGUGGCACGCAAGGAAAGGGCGAGUCAUUGCCAAAGAUUUGGAUCACCAAGUCUGUGAUUGAUAUCUUCGCCGACUACUUGGCCUAUCUUGUUCGAUGCGCUAAGGAGUUCAUCGCUGAACUUCCUCUUGGAAGACAGGUACUGAAGUCAGAAGCAAACGUUGAGUACGUGAUGAGCCACCCGAAUGCUUGGGGUGGUAAGCAGCAGAACAACAUGAGACGUGCUGCGAUAUUGGCCGGCCUGGUCCCUGACACGCACGCUGGACAUGCAAGAGUCCACUUCGUCACUGAGGGGGAGGCUAGCCUCCAUUUCUGCAUUGUCAAUGGACUUACUCAGGACAUCAUGAAGGUUGACAACCACAUAUUGAUAGUAGAUGCCGGUGGAGGAACAGUGGAUCUGAGCAUGUACAAAGUGCUCAAUGCAUCUCCAUUGAACAUUGUGGAGAGUUCAGCACCCGAUUGCCUCUUACAUGGGUCCACCUUUGUAGACACCCUAGCUCGAAUUAUGCUUCAGGAGAAGAUGAGAGACUCCCGUUUUGCACACGGUGACUACAUAGACUUGAUGCUCAGCUGCUUUGAGAUGAACACAAAACCCACCUUCCGGGAUGUCUCAAAGACGGCAUACAUCAAGUUUGGAGGUCCUCGGGAUACUGAUGCUGGAUGCAGCAUCAAGAGAGGUGUACUCUCUCUAGCAGGUUCCGACAUUGCUGGGCUAUUUAGCCCUUCAAUUGAUGCAAUAAAGGGAGCAAUUCAGGCACAAGUUAGAAAUGCUGGUUGCAAGCCAUCUAGGAUCUUGCUUGUGGGAGGAUUUGCCAACAAUCGAUUCCUGCGUUCACAGCUCCAACACUUUGCAACUUCGAAAGGCAUGGCGUUGUUCUGCCCAGAAGUACAGACGGCCAAAGCAGUUGCGGAAGGUGCCCUAUGGCAUCAUCUUGAUCACUACGUAUCGGCCAGAAUCGCCAGAGACAUAUAUGGCACUAGCCACCUCAAACUUUAUGAUUCAUCGCUCUUCGAUCAUGUUAAUCGAAAGGAUUCGACUAUCGUAUACGCAGAUGGGCUUAUGUAUGUCCCGAGUGCCUUCUCCCGGAUCGUGUUGCGGGGAACCUUAGUGGAGGAAGAACGAGAAUUUCGAUUACCCUUGGAACGCUGUUCGUCUCAACGCGACACUCAGAUCUCGGCGGGAAUCCUAUGCUACAAGGGAGCCCAAGAUGAUCCACAAUGGAUUGACGAGGAAGCAGACCUGUUCUCUGUCCUCUGCACUGUGCAUGCCGAUGUCAAUCCUCAAACAUAUCAACGUCGUAUGGGUGUCCUCGGCGAAUACUUCACCAAGGAAUACCACGUAGUGCUACUGUUCGGUCUCACGGAAUUGAAGGCACAGCUAUCUUGGAAGGAAAAGGUCAUAUUCGAUGACGAGGAUGCUUGA